AUGAACACUGUUGACGGGGCGAAAGAGUUCCUGCAACAACAAGUUUUCCGCAAAAUAAAUGACGAGGAAAAGUCGAAGUUUCAUCAAUGGCUUGAAAUACACGGGCUGAGCGAGGAUGCCUUUGUCGAACAAAUGGCCAGUGACACUAUUCGGUGUAACCAAAAUUGGGAUGGGUUCAUGGAAGUAUCAGAUGUCAUCCAUUCAGACUGGGGGUUUGAGCCCAAGGAGCUGGAUGAUGAGCAUGCAUCGAAACCUAUGCUUGUGGUCGGGUCAAGCAGCGAUCAGAUAGGUGGGAGUGCUAACGAUUGGAUGGUGGAUAACUAUAGGUCUGCUAAGUUGAGAUUGUUGCCGGGGGGUCAUAUCUCGUCACUCUACUAUGUGGAUGAGCUAUGGAAAGAGAUGAUUGACAUGACCCUGUAG